AUGUAUCGUUUCGCUAGUCUCUACGCAAUGGGAAAGUUGCUUAACAGAACACCUGUUUACAUUCAUGAUGACUCUACAAUGCAUCAAAUAGAUAAAGAACUAGCUCAUGCUUUCCCUAAUUUUCAUUCAAAAAUUUAUUUUUUGAGGAAAAAUGUGACAGAUAUUCACUCAAUUGCUUUUGCUAAAGAAUGCUGCGAUUAUAAUGAUCCAAAAAUACUUUUGGGUCAAAAUAAAGGGAGAGCGUUAAUGUUAACGGGUGAACCUGUUUUUGAAAAUACUCGAUACUUUAAUCAUAUGCGACCACAAAUCCUUAAAAUAUUUGAAUUUGGCAAAGAACUUGUUUCAAAAGUUACUGCUAUAAAGGAUAAGAUUAUUAGUGAGGAUAAAUCACACAAAAUAUGCAUUCAUACACGUGUAGGUGAUUUUACAGGUAUGGGUGAAUCACAAACUGGCGAGAUAAACAAGGCGCUUAUCCGGAUAAUAAAAAUUUUAAAGAGGCUAUUGGUGAGAGUCCAUUAG